GAAUUACAACUUUGCCACUGAGACCAAAUGCUGUUGCUCACAGCUCACUCCGCAGUAUUCGCAAACAAUAUUUCACUACUAUUCCAAACGCUCACACUGCAACUCCAUUGCUGAAGAACAAAACUUGCAUCUUGCAACCCUUCUUCGUCUCUCUCUCUCAAUUCCGAAUAAGAAAUGAUAGUACUCAGCCGUCUGAAAUCCGCAUUACGUCUUCUUCCUCGUUCUUCCGUGACCUACGCAACCUCUGCCCCUUCCACCUCCAACCUCUCAACGGCGAAGGAGAACAAAAGCGCCGUCCUUCAUCUCCCGCAGCAUUUGUACCGUCGGAUCUUCCAUGUGAGAGAUCAAACUCACCCGGUUGUUACGAUUCUCGAGCAGUGGGUUCAGGAUGGCCAAACUCUUAGCUACGAUAAACUGCUAUUCGUUAUCAAGCAACUUAGGUCACGCAAAAGAUAUAAAGACGCCCUCGAGGUAUCAUUUUGGAUGUCCGAGAAAGGAUACUCUGAACCUAGAUCUGGAGAUUUUAGUAUAAGACUGGACUUGAUUGCAAAGGUUAAGGGAAUAGAAGAAGCUGAAUCCUAUUUUGAUAGCAUUCCGACAGACUUAAGAGCUGCGGAAUGUUACAGCUCUCUUCUUAAUUGCUAUGCUCAAGUUAGAGAUGUGGAUAAAGCUGAAAGGAUCAUGCUGCAGAUGAAACAUUUGGGUUUUGCAAGGUCUACUAUGGCAAGAAAUCCUUUGCUUAACCUCUACUAUCAAAGACAAAACUAUGACAAAGUGGAAAAUUUGUUGCUUGAAAUGAAAGAAGAGGGUAUUAAAUUCGAUAGAUAUACAUUUGCCACCUUGAUUAAUACAUAUGCGGCCAAAUCUGAUAUUGAGGGAAUCGACAAACAUCUUGCACAGUUAGAAGAUGAUUCAUCGUAUUCCCAACAUGCAGAUUGGUGGAGUGUUUAUACUGUGGCAGCCAAUUGUUAUGGCAAACUCGGGCUUCAUGAUAAGGCUUUUAAUGCUUUAAAGAAAUCAGAGGAGCGCGCGAGUUCUACAAUCUGGAAAGAGGCCUUUCCUUACCUUAUGACUCAAUAUGCAACAAUAGGGAAGAAAGAAGAAGUGAUGAGGUUGUGGAAUAUUUACAAGAUGGAUGGGAAGUUACUCAAAAGUGACUAUUAUUCAGCUGUAAUAAAUUCAUUUCUCAAGUUGGAUGACAUCGAACUUGCUAAGAUUAUCUUUGACGAGUGGGAAUCUAGAAACCGGUAUUUAAAAAAUUUCUUUAUUCCGAACUUGAUGAUAGCAGCUUACAGCAGAAAGGGCAAUAUGGAGGAAGCUGAAGCCAUUGUUAAUAGGACAAUCAUGAAGGGAGGAAAGCCAAAUUUAUGGACUUGGUCAUGGCUCUUGUUUGGAUAUAUUUCACAAAGAAAUUUUGCGAGGGCUGUUCGAUGUAUGAAAGAGGCGGUUUCUAUCUGUGAAGGGUGUAAGUGGAGGCCACUACCGGAAUCCUUAGCUGCCAUUUUUCAGUACUUGAAAUUUAAUGGAGAUAUAGAGGAGGCAGAGGAUUUGAUAAGGUUACUCAGUAGCAAGAAUUUUAUCUCCCUUGAUGUUCAUAACAAGCUGAUGAGUUGGAUUAAGGAUGUGGAAUCAAAUGUGCCUGCAACUGAUGUGCUGGAAGGCGAUUCACAUAAACAAAUUGGUGAAAUUUCAGAGCCAGAGGAAGAUGGGAACAACCCUGACUUCUGCCAUAGCCAACAAUAAAAUGUUAAGGGAUGACUCGCAAGUCUCAAUUAGUCAGAUCAUGAAUUAGGGUUUACACUUGGUGUACACAUCUUUUCAACAAUAAAGUUUAGGACCAACAUUUGGUUUACAUUUAUGAUCUAUGUAUCACUGUUAAAUUUUCUAAGAUGUUUCAGUUCAAAUUUAAUUUGAUAGAAAGAAAGUAAAAGGAUGGGAAAUCAGUAUUAUGUAAUUACUUUUGGUUGAGGAAA